AUGGGUAAACGAAAAGUGAAAAGAAAAGCUCCCAAGAAGCUCAAGGAGAAGCUGGACAGCCAAUUCAACUGUUUAUUCUGCAACCACGAAAAGGCUAUUGAAUGCAAAAUUGAUCAAUCGAACAAGGUCGGCCACUUGACUUGCAAGAUCUGCGACGUGUCAUGGCAAUGCAAUAUUUCAUAUCUUGACGAGCCUGUGGAUGUAUAUGCAGCUUGGAUUGAUGCUUGUGAGGAUGUGAACAAGAGUAAACGAGAAGCCAAAGCGAGAGAACGUGAGCGAGAACGUGAACGAGUUCGAGAUCUUGGUGAUGCGAAUGAUGAACCAGCAAUACGAAGAGCAGCACCUGCAGCAGCACCUGUAUCUACCUCCUCGGAACCUGUCUUUGCGAAUGAUGGCCUGGAUCCAUUUGAUGAUGACGACGAGGAUGAUGAAGACUAUUAG